AACAACUCGAUACAAUCGUAAUAACUCAGCCUCCUCCGACAAAGCUUCGAGAUAGACCUCGUUAUACAAUCGUAACAACUCGGCCAUGUCCGAAAUGUUUCGAGCGAUUUAAAACAGUGCCCUGAAGCCUUGCAGGUGCCCUUCAUGUACAUAUCGUUAUGUUUUGACAGAAUGAAAUGAAGAAAAGCCAUCAAACUCAUAAUUAUAAGUUGGAUAUUUAUUUUUUGUGUACGGAACUAAUAUAAAAUAACAUUAUCUGGUGACACAGGCAUUGGAGUCCAGGAAUGGGUUAACAUGGUUUUGGGGAUGAAGCAGCUCACAUUUCCACAUUUGAGGAUUCUAUAUCCAACAGCACCUCCGAGACCGUACACGCCAAUGAUGGGAAACCUAUCCACAGUGUGGUAUGACAGGUCACAGAUUUCCCCAAACUCACCCGACAACGACACAGUGGGGGCCAUGGCGACCCAGCUUGCUGAGCUCGUGCAGUGUGAGGUGGACCUUGGUAUACCCCUCAAUAGGAUCAUCAUUGGAGGGUUUUCCAUGGGUGGAGGAAUGGCCUUGCAUCUAGGUUACAAACACCUCCGAGGAAUUGCUGGGGUGUUUGCAAUGUCCAGUUUCCUUAGCGAACAGUCAACAGUGUAUGAGGCGCUAGAGAAGGAUAACUCAGGGAUCCCUCCAUUAUUCAUGUCCCAUGGAGAGAUUGACACGCUGGUUGACUACUCCUGGGGAGAGGCGACUUUCAGGAGACUGAAGGAGCUGGGCGUGCAGGGACAGUUUCACAGAGUGCCUGGGCUGUUACAUGAAAUGGACAAUGAUACGCUCACAAAGCUGUGUGCCUGGAUUACUUCCCUUGUACCACAGAGCAGUGCAUUGUAGUAGGAGUUAUAUCUCUUAGAAAACAUAACCUCAAGUCAUGUAUACAUAUUAUUAUAAUUUCCUGGGCCUGAUUUUAGCGAAACCUUGUAGCUGUAUAAAGGACGUACUGGAAACAUGAGAUCAGUAUGCAGGGAUAGUUUCACAGUGUACACUGAUAAAUGAAUUUGACUAUGAAGAUGUGAAACAUGAUUUCUUCCAUAGUGCAACAGAGUAGUAAAUUACAGCAGGAAUUUUCUUCAAAAAAUAAAUGAGUGGUGUCUAAGUCAAAAUAGUUGGGACACAUUUUAACUUCAAUGUCUGUACCUCAGGGAAUAAGAUAUUGUCUUAGCCUUUGUGUCAUUGUCAUCAGCAUAAAGAAAACAAACUGUUUCAGAUAUUCAAAUGAAACUUGGUGCAAUAGUUGCCAAAGACAAUACGUUCAUGUGUAGCAAGAAUCAAAUGGACUUGUCUUAUCUGUAAAAGGAUUGUCAUAUCAAAAGCCACUAAAAAUCUAUAUGGACUUCCCGGUAUCUGCGUUUGCUUUCAGUUUAUAACCACAGUUUCUAUAUUUGUAUAGCUAAUUGUGCCCCUUGUUGUCAGACAACUUUGGGAACUCUGCAUUGACAUGUGCCCCUUGUUGUCAGACAACUUUGGGAACUCUGCAUCGCCAAUUGUGCCCCUUGUUGUCAGACAACUCUGGGAACUCUGCAUUGAAAUGUGCCCCUUGUUGUCAGACAUUUCUGGGAACUCUGCAUUGAAAUGUGCCCCUUGUUGUCAAACAACUUUGGGAACUCUGCAUUUUUAAUUGUGCCCCUUGUUGUUUAGACAACUUUGGGAACUCUGCAUUGCCAAUUGUGCCCCUUGUUGUCAGACAACUUUGGGAACUCUGCAUUGCCAAUUGUGCCCCUUGUUGUCAAACAACUUUGGGAACUCUGCAUUGAAAUGUGCCCCUUGUUGUCAGACAACUUUGGAAACUCUGCAAUGCCAAUUGUGCCCCUUGUUGUUUAGACAACUUUGGGAACUCUGCAUUGCCAAUUGUGCCCCUUGUUGUCAGACAACUUUGGGAACUCUGCAUUGCCAAUUGUGCCCCUUGUUGUCAAACAACUUUGGGAACUCUGCAUUGAAAUGUGCCCCUUGUUGUCAGACAACUUUGGAAACUCUGCAAUGCCAAUUGUGCCCCUUGUUGUCAGACAACUUUGGGAACUCUGCAUUUUUAAUUGUGCCCCUUGUUGUCAGACAACUUUGGGAACUCUGCAUUGCCAAUUGUGCCCCUUGUUGUCAGACAACUUUGGGAACUCUGCAUUGAAAUGUGCCCCUUGUUGUCAGACAACUUUGGGAACUCUGCAUUGAAAUGUGCCCCUUGUUGUCAGACAGCUCUGGGAACUCUGCAUUGAAAUGUGCCCCUUGUUGUCAAACAACUUUGGGAACUCUGCAUUUUUAAUUGUGCCCCUUGUUGUUAGACAACUUUGGGAACUCUGCAUUGCCAAUUGUGCCCCUUGUUGUCAAAAAACUUGGGAACUCUGCAUUUUUAAUUGUGCCCCUUGUUGUUAGACAACUUUGGGAACUCUGCAUUGCUUAUACCUUUAUAUUUAUUGAAUUGUACCCCUUGAUCUACUGUACAAAUUGGCAGGCUUUAUCAAUUUUAAUUUUGAUAUUUUUUCUAUUAAAAGUUAUGUUCGUUUUCCUGUGAUAUUUUACCUUGUAUAUGUUGACCAUGGUUGUUUGUAUUUGUGCAAUUUUAAUGUCAUUGAAUGACUGUUAAAGAAUAAAAUUGCAUGUACAGUUUACUUUUUGUCCAUGAAAAAUGCAUUACAGUGGCCUGGUCAAGAGGGUCAUUCUUUAGAUUGAUAACGGUAACUUUAAAAUCAAAGAUGUACAGGCUGCCAAGUUAUAUAUAAGUACAGUUUCAUUAUUUUUGUACACUACAAUUUUAUGCUGAUUCAUUUUUCUAAAAGAUAAGGGUUUAAGCCAGGGUUUAAAAAGGACAAAGUGCUGCAUUAAAUGGACACGGUUUUAAGGAUGAAAAGGCACUUUGUUUUUGGCUGCGAAAACCUGAAUUAUAAUAAAAUUGACAAAAAAUGUUUUAAAAUGUGUUUAAUUAAAGUAGAUUUAGCUUUCAGCUGCCAGACAUUAAGAUAUACGUAUUUUAAUGCCCCCAAAAGAGGGCUGUAACUUUGUCAUACAGCAAUGGAUUUGAAAUUUAAUUGGCAUAUGUGUUUGUUACAUAAAGACAGCGUGUUGCAAGCAAGACCUUACUGGUAGUCCCUACCUCAAAGGUCAGGGUCACACUUACAGAUUCAUCAUUAAGGAAUGCUGCAUAAUGCAUAUAUGAAUAUGCAGUACAGUUGGUUGUGUCCAGGAUGUAACUUUGUCAUGCAAAGAGGGAUUUUUAAAUUAAAUGGCACAUGUGUAACAGACUGCACAAAUUGCUAUGUGCACCUGUCGGGGUUCGAACCCACGACCUCUCGCUAUGCAGGCGGACACUCUACCGCGUCGCUAUAAAAGCUAGCUCUAUAGCGAGACAGUAUAAGUGCCGCUAUAUACACAUCGUAUACCAGGUUACACAUUCCCCCUCCAUUUUGAAAUUCGUCCUCGAAUUUCGGAGACAAAGGUCAAUUUGCAAUUACCUUGAGGCUUAUCAUGCAACACGGGUCCCUCGUUGGGCGCCAACUGUAACAGACUGCACAAAUUGCUAUGUGCACCUGUCGGGGUUCGAACCCACGACCUCUCGCUCUGCAGGCGGACACUUUACCGCGUCGCUAUAAAAGCUAGCUCUAUAGCGAGACAGUAUAAGUGCCGCUAUAUACACAUCAUAUACCCGGUUACACAUGUGUUCGGUACAUAAAAAAGAUGUAUGGUGUGCAAGACCCAUGUCCCUACCUAUACCUGCAUUGUAUUCUCCACACUCGACGUCAACCAUCAUGAGGGCUGGCGUAUGGUUAAAGUUCAUGUUAGCUCUUCCUAAAUAUAAGCAUGUUAGUAAUUGCAUAAUCCAUUCAACUGGAUGGCACUUCAGGGCAUUUGUCACUCUGUUGUAAAUCAUAUUAUAAGCUUUUAAACAAAGCAUAGAUACUAUUUGACUAUCAACAGUAUUCAAUCCUUAAAUGGCGAAAGGGUUCAAAUGCUGGUCCUCAUAUGGGCAGAGUGUGUUACCACUAGACCACGAAUCCGCCCUUUUGCUACCAAAAAGGACGAGGUCACCCUCUUAUACCUCUAGCUAAAACCCUUGUGUUUAAAUCAAUAAAUUCACAUCAAACUGUUGUUAUACUUUUACCACCUAAGUUCAAACUUUAAAAUUUAAUUGGCAAAAGUGGCAUAUGAAUUAUAAUUGGCAUAUAAUGCCAAUCAUAUGCCUUUUUCAAACUCAUUCAUGGUGACAUACUAAAUAUAAAUACUUAAGUUCCCUGGGUAGAAUUUCAACACCAAUAAUGUUAAAUUCAAUUAUGAUUUGAGAUUCCAGAUUCAAACAUAUUUAUUAAGUAAUGUAAACAUAUAAAUUUUUCAUGAUACAUGAUAUAUCUUAUUAACAAGGUUGAUCAUGUGACAUGAAAAACAUUUCAAAAGAAAAAACAUUAAUACUAAUUACAAAAGUGGCAGAGAAAAAAUAAUGAAGUAGGUUAUCUGAUUUACAAUAACCAUAAACGAAUGCAUAUAACGAUACAUCAAAAGAUAAAAUUAUUGUCCUAUGUUAUUAAUUUGAAGCUUGAUUAUUCAAAGAUGGCUACACUGCUCGCCCUGUUGUCAGUAAAAUAAUUAAGGGCAAGUUUGCAUUUUUACUUAAAACUCCAAUACUGUUCAUGCAGUUCACUUCAUACUUUACACUGUUGUUCAGGACCAUCACACAAUUAGCUUCCAUAACUCCAUAUGAAUCUUAAAAUACCAAUUAUGGCCCCUGAUUGACUUGGGAACUUAUGUUAAAGUUUUAGGGCACAUUAUGUCAGAUUAUUUUAGGGCAAGUUGGAAAUUUCUCUUAUACCCUUCUAUCAAUUCACUUCAUACUUCGCACAGUUGUUGAUGGCCAUAAUUCAAUUAGGUGACAUAGCUCCAUGUUAUUAUAAAUACAUUUAUGGCCCUUGAACGACUUCAAAAGUUUGGUCAAAGUUUUUGGGCAAAUUUUCACUUUAUAACUCCAUAUAAGCCUCAUUACAAAUUAUGGCCCUUGAUUGACAUUCUUUUUAUCUUUUUUUUCUUGAAUGUUUUUGACAGGCACAUAUAACAUCAUUAAUGCAUGCUGUCCUAUGCAAGCUCUUGUUUAUUUAUAAUCUGUAGUUAAUGCAGGAUAAAAAUAAUACAGUCAAUCAUAUUUUAAAAGCAUUCCACUUGAUGUAAACUAAUUAAAUAUUUUGUUCAUCUACAGUAUAAAUGCUAUGUCAAUUUAAUCAGAUUGUUAUAUUUUUUUAAGUAUUGAAUAAAUUUGUAUGAAUCUAUGAUUGUUAUAAUAUUUAGGUAUUGAAUAAAUUUGUAUGAAUCUUAAUUAACUAGCUUAUUUUUUUCUUGAUUUGAAGUUUGCAAAGCUUUGUAAAUGCUCAUACUUUGUUUAAAGGUCAACUAUGAUUGGCAUUUACAUUUUAUUUGUGUGUGACAAUUAAUGAUUUUUCCAAUUUUCUGUUCAUUAAUUUUACGCAGAUCGAUUCUGAUGAAUGCACCAAAAUAUGUGGUCAAUUAGGUACCCAUACUCUAUUUUGCGUAAUCGACAAUUAUACUGUAUAUAUAACUCUAUAUUUGUGUUAUCAUUGCAAAUAUGUAUAACUGAAUUAUAUUUUGAUUGUGUAAUGAGGAAUACGAUUGUGUUCAAAUUACUUAAUAAAUGUGUUGAAUCUUGAAAAAAUCUUACUUAUACCUGGUGACAAAUUAUCUGUUUCUUGGAAAGUAUUUAAUUCAAUCAACCCUUUAAAUCGAAAACGAGCUUUAAUAUAUGUGUGUGU